AUCACCUGAUCCCCACCACCACCAGAGCCAGAGUCUCCUCCCCCCACCCGCCGUCGGUUCCAGGAGCGGACCCCCGAUCACCCUUCCCAGAUCGCCGAUCUCCCUCCCCCAACUGCGCGCAGGCGGGCGGAAGCAGCAGCAGCAGCCAGCCAUGGCGUCGUCGCAGGCGAACCUGGACAAGAUGCAGCUCCGCCAGAGCUACCGCAACCUCUGGCACACGGACCUCAUGAGCACCAUCCAGGCCGACUUCCCCUACUGCUGCUUGUCGCUGUGGUGUGCGCCAUGUGUGUCAUACAUGCUUCGCAAAAGGGCUCUCUAUAAUGACAUGUCAAGGUAUGUCUGCUGUGCGGGCUAUAUGCCGUGCAGUGGAAGGUGUGGUGAAAGCAGAUGCCCAGAAUUCUGUCUCGCAACCGAGGUCUUUCUGUGCUUUGGUAAUUCAGUUGCUUCAACCCGCUUCUUGCUUCAAGAUGAAUUCAACAUACAGACAACUAAGUGUGAUAACUGCAUCAUUGUACUGUCAACGCCCUCCUAUGUUACAAACUUUCCUAUUUUACGAUUCUCUACUGAUAACCAUGUUUUACUGCAGGGUUUCAUGUUCUGCCUUCAACAAGUUGCUUGCAUCUUCUCUAUAGUUGCUGCUAUUGUUGGUAGUGAGGAACUUUCAGAGGCUUCCCAGAUCCUUUCCUGCUUAUCUGAUAUGGUCUACUGCUCGGUUUGUGCCUGUAUGCAGACACAGCACAAAGUUGAAAUGGACAAGAGGGAUGGGAAGUUUGGGCCACAGCCCAUGUCAGUGCCUCCGGUGCAGCAAAUGUCACGCAUUGAUCAGCCUAUCCCUCCUCCUGCUGGUUAUGCACCACAACCAGCAUACGGCCAGCCUUACGGCGGUUAUCCUCCUCCGCCAGCUCAAGGCUACCCACAGCCGCCAGCUCAAGGUUACCCACCAGCAGGCUACCCCCAGGCCCAGGGUAGUGCAUACCCUCCACCUGGUUCCUACCCCCCUCCACAGGGCUACUAUGGGAAGUAAAGUGCGAGCAGCAAUCGGAGUGAUACUGUAGUGAGGUAACAGAAAUAUUGCGAACCUGUAAACAGUAGGAUUAUUGUAGCAUCAUAGGUUGAUCUGCGAUUGGACUGGGUGGUGAACUGUGGACCUCAUUUGGUUCUCCUCUGGGCGGUCAACUGGUGAACUGUGAACUGUGUUUGGAUUUCCUCUGGGUGGUCAAUGGCGACGUAUGUUUGGAUCUCCCCUGGUGGCUCAACUGAGAACUGCAUCUGGACUUCCUCUGGAUGGUAAACUAUGCACUGCAUUCGGAUUCCCUGGAUUAAAAUUACGAGUGUCGUGUGUUGUUUUGAGUACAUUGUUCAAUGAAUAAAUUGGCAGUGGUGUUAUUAAAUUGUGCUGCAUACAGUGUUGGAAAGUGUCAUCUUGAUUCGAUGA